UCAAUCUAAUAUAUCUUAAAAAUUAUAAAUUAUACAUUGAUAGUUGAUAUUAUUUCCAGAAAUAAACAAGAAAUUGCUUAUAUAUAUUAAAUAUACAAGAUGUCAGAGGUUAAUGGAAUAAAUUACAUCGUAAGUAGUAACGUUAAUUCAUCGCAAAAAGUAUCGCAAACAUCAAAACUUGGCUUAUAUCUUAUCGGUAUAACAGGAGGCAUUGCAACUGCUAUUAGUGUAGUAUGUUUUUCAUUUGUCAGUCCCGCACUUCGUAAAAUAUGUUUGCCUUUUGUACCAGCAACAUCUCAACAGAUACAUAAUGUAUUAAAAGCUUUAGAAGGACGUUCUGGUUCUUUGAUUGAUCUUGGAAGUGGAGAUGGACGAAUAGUUUUUGCAACAGCUAAAGCAGGUUUUAAAGCUUAUGGAAUUGAAUUGAAUCUUUGGUUGGUAUGGUACUCUAGAUUAAAAGCUUUAAUCACAAGAUCAUCUUUACAGACAACAUUUAUCAAACAAAAUUUAUGGAAACAUAAUUUAAAAAGAUAUAAUAAUAUUGUUUUAUUUGGUGUUGAUCAAAUGAUGAAAGAUAUUGAAAUAAAAUUUAUUAAAGAAUUACAAGAAGAUUGUAUAAUAAUUGCUUGUAGAUUUCCACUUCCUACUAUGACUGAAAUUAAGAUUAUUGGUGAAGGUAAUGAUACUGUUUGGGUAUAUAAGAUUUCAAAAAAAUUACAAUAAUAAAAUUAGAUAUCAAUUGAAA